AUGUCCGGCCUUCCCACAAUUAUAGCAGUUUCUUUUAAACUUUUUGGCCUUCUUGGAGUUAUCUCUGCGCGGAGCAUCACCGGAGAUCUUUCGCUUCUUGUUGACUUUUGGUUUGGUUUCAACGAAGUUUGCUCUAAGUUGAACAAUAGGCUUCUUCUCGGUCUUUUUAUUAUCUUCCUAAAUUCUCAAAUGGACGAUCAACUCUUCCUAGUUCAUCUCUUUACAUUUGUGCUUGAGAUAGUCGAAACACUAUUAUUAGUUAGGAGAUCAUUUGUGAAGAAGAUGGCGUCGACUUCACAGGAAACGGAUGUUAGAAGAAAGGACAGAGGUACAAACUUUUGCAACCAUUCAUUCGAAGCACUAAUGGAAAAAUAUGGAGUUAUUCAUAAAAUCUCUACUGCUUACCACCCCCAAACUAGUGGACAUGUAGAAUUGGCUAAUAGGAAAAUUAAACAAAUUUUGGAAAAAACGGUGAAUCCUAAUCGUAAAGAUUGGUUUUUAAGAUUAAGUGAUGCACUUUGGGCUUACCGUACUGCUUUUAAGACUUCCCUAGGCAUGUCACCAUAUAGACUUAUUUUUGGAAAGCCUUGCCAUUUACCUAUGGAGCUUGAACACCGAGCAUAUUGGGCUAUUAAACAUUUUAAUUUCGACCUAGAGGAGGGAGGUAAGCUUAGGAAAUUUCAAUUGGUUGAGUUAGAGGAGUUGAGAAAUGAGGCCUACGAGAGCUCUAGAAUCUACAAGGAAAAAAUAAAAGAUUUUCAUGAUAAACACAUUUUGAGAAAGACUUUUGAACCAAAUCAAAAAGUGUAUUUGUAUGAUUCUAGACUCCACAACCAUGCUAGAAAACUUAGUUCUAGUUUUAGAUUUUUCUUUUGUACUGCAGCUAUUCCCUCGAAGCAUAUUUCGAGGACAAAGCAUUCAACAUAUGCAGUAUACAAGGCGAAGUUCUGGAAUGUGCUUGCACAAGUUCUAAUGCUAAAUAUAGAGGACAUUCCUGCACUAAAAUGGAAGCAUCAAUGUGCACUUCAACUGUUCGAAUCCUUGUGCAAAAUUGCUGACGAGACUGGUUACCCAUUGGAGAAGACAUUUCUUCUUGGAGCACAGAAUGGAAUAGAAGAGAUUGUCCGUACAAUUAUAGAUUCUUAUCCUACUGCAAUAAAGAAUGAAGGUAGGCACCGGACAGCAUUUCAUGUUGCUGUAAUGUACCGUCAUGUAAAAAUUUUUAAGAUGUUGUAUGAGAAGAAUAUACGGAAUGGGCAGUACCUUCGAAUGCUUAACGAAAAGGAAAAGAGCGUAUUGGAUUUUGUGGAAGAAGCAGGGCAUCAAGCUGGAAUUGGUACCGACUCCGGAGUUGUUUUUAAAAUGCAGCGUGAACUUCAGUGGUUUAUGAAAAUGACCGAGCUCGUAAAGUUUAAAAAAUCUCCUAAGAAGGAAAAUCCAGAGCUCGAUCUUCCCGAGAUACCACUUGUCAGCUUUGAAGAACAUCACGCUGACAUGGCUGCAAAAGACAAAGAAUGGAUGACAGGAAUGGCAAAUGCAAGCUCAGUUGCAGCAUCACUCAUUGCCACAGUGGCGUUUGCUGCCGCAUUCCAAGUACCCGGAGGAAACCAUUCUACUGGCAUACCCAAUUUCUCCAAUGAAGGUUUCUUCAAAGUCUUCGCCAUUUCAGACGCCCUUGCACUUUUUUUCUCUAUCACUAGUGUUCUGUCCUUCUUAUCCAUUUACACCUCCCGCUAUAAAGUUCGUGACUAUCUUUUUGACUUGCCCAUCAGAGUGAUUGUCGGUCUAAUUUCUUUGUUCUUCUCUCUCAUAUGUUUAGUGAUGGCCUUUAGUUGUACGUUAUUCCUUGUAUUUGCUAAAAAAAAUGUCCUGCUUCUCACACCAAUAAUCACACUCUCUUGCAUACCUGUGAUCUUGUAUGUCAUACUUCAGCUUCCUUCCCUCGUUACUAUGAUCAGAUCCACAUUUUAUUCGGACAUUACUCAUUGGUAAAUAUUUCAUUGGAAUGUACAUUGUACUCUGAAGAAAUUAAACUAAGGAUUUAGUAUCGUUACGAGUCAUCAAAACUCGUUGAUUUUGUGUCUAUGUUUUAAUUUGGUUGUUCAAUUUGAUGAGUCUGCGUGGUUGUGUAGUUUGAUGAGUCUGUUAUAAUCCAUGUUGUAAUUUGGUUGUGUCGUUUGAUGAGAGUGUUUGGAAGGUGAUUGAGUCAGUUGACAAAAUAAGAAUGA